CUUUUCUACUUCCGGUUCAGUCACAUGCAAUGUUUACGUGAAGAAUUGGUUGAUGUCUUUUCCAUUAUGUAGCAGAUGAUAACGUAUGGACGAGGAUGAUGAGGAGAAGGAAGGUACCAGUUUCAGAAGAAGAGAGAGAGAGGGAUGUAUUAUCAAGCUUGUGUCAGCUGCUGAGAAAGAAUGGAGACAAGAUUUUGCAAGGUGAGGGGAAGUUGUCCCUCACGACACAAAGUUUGGGAAUGCUGGGAACGUCUAUGCGUCGGCUGAGUGACACGGAGAGUAUGGGGCUAGCAGCAUCAGCAGCAACAUUCAACAAGAUCAACAGGCAGGCUGCUGCCUGGAAAAAGGAUGUGGAAUUCCUCCGUGAUUUUAUAUCUAAAACUGUGGCCAUCAAACUGAUGCAUGGCUCGAACACCAUGCAGGGUGCAAUUCAGAUACAACGGUUCCGCAGCUUGACUUUCUUGGAGGUGAAGAAAGUCCCCAUUCACAUGAUUGAGGGCCUGCAGAUACUGAGAGGGCAGCUGCACACCGUCAUCGUGUCCCGCAGUCUCAUGCACCUGCAGGACCUGUUCGAGACGUGUGGUGGAGAUAUGAGUGCUCCAAUGUCCUGGCCGCAACUCAAGUCCGCCUCUCUCAGCUUCAAUGGCAUUCAGAGUUUGGACGGAUCACUUAGAUUACUGCCAUCUUUGGAGGUGUUUGAUGUGAGCCACAACCAGCUGGAGAGGGCAGACAAGAACCUUGAGUACCUGACAGAGCUGCAGCGGCUCAACCUGGGCUACAACUGCCUGUCCUCGCUGCCCACCUUCUCCAUCACCUGCAAGGCCAAGCUCAAGACCCUCGUCAUCAAGAAUAAUAAUCUGGAUAACAUUACUGGUGUGGAAGAGUUGACCGCCCUCCAAGAGCUGGACGUGUCCGAGAACUGUAUCGCUGACCAUCAGUUCCUGCAAGCCCUCUCCAACCUCCUCCUGCUGUACAGACUGAACACUGUGGGCAAUCCCAUUGUCUACCACAAGUCACACCGAGUCCUCACCACGGGCUGCGUGGCUCGACAGGUCCUUACAACACAGUUUGAACUGGAUGGAAAGAAGUUGUCAACAUCUGAAAUUGCUGUAGCACAACAACGACCGCAUUUUGUGAAUUCCUCUCGUCGACCAUCGUCUCUUGCUCAUAAUGUGAUAACCCAAGGUGGCCGUUUCCGCGAUCAUAACGACUCCGGAGAGUUCAGUUUCAACGAGUCAGAUGGUAUUGCCACCUCCCUUUCUAUAGGUCAAAAAAAGAAGGGGAAAAAACGCAAUAAACGGGCGAAGGAGAUAGCAGACAUGGAUUCAUCUGCUACUGAGGUGUCUUCUCCUGAAGGAUCUUACAGUUCAACCAAGGGAGGCUACUUCGCGGAACACACCAAUACCCGGCAGGCCGUUGAGAUGCUGCGUGACCACUACGGCCCCAACUGGCUGCAGGCCAUUCCCCACUUCAAUAGUGACACGGGCCGGAGUGAUGCCUCCAACAGUGCAGCAAGUGACUCGGACACAACCAGCAAGGUCGUGAACAACACCACCAGCAAGACCUCCAGCAAUAUCUCCAGCAAGGACACUGGCAAGGAAACCAAGACAACAGCCACAACUUUGCCUCAGCCAGCUGUGAUGAGGAAUGGAUUGUCUGAGAGUGUCCCUACAGCAGAUGAUCUGUACCUGAAUGAACCGGUGCGGUCACUCAGCAUAUCCCGCUCCGCCGAGGAGGAGUGGACAGAGAUGAAGAAGCAGAAUGGACAUGGAGGCAACCUAUCACAGGUGUCUGAUUUUAGCAACAGUAAGACGGGUCCGGCAGUCAGACAGGAGAGUUCAGGGUUUGAGUGGACGAGGAGCGAGGAUGAAGAGAUUGAGUCUUAUGGGGAAGAAAGUGAACCAUUUAUAGUGUUCCUGAAGCAGAGGAACUUUGAGCAGAUGUUAGUAACUGUGAACCAGCGAUACAUCCUGGAAAAGAACUUGAAUGGAGUAUUAACGGAAAGACUUGACUUGAAAUCACUGCUGUCCCUCGACCAGUCAGAAGACAGUGUAGACCAUGAGGAUGUGAUAGGAAACGUAUUGAUGCCUCAUUUGCAGCUGUCGUUUGACUACGUUAGGAAAGACAGACGGGAACGAGUUUAUGUUAUGGAAAAUGAUGAAAGUGCGCAGAAAAUGUGUGAUUUACUUCAACCAUUCUUAUACGAAAGGGAACUGAAGUCACUGCCAAAGUUUGUCUAUCAGUGCCUGAAAUGUUCGCACAACUUCAGUGGGGUAGAAGGGAAACCCCUGCCCAACCAAACGUCUAUGCCAAGGGUGGGAUCCAGCAAAGAUCUUGCUUUCAUGAGUCAAGUGAGUGUGAUGUACCAGUGCCCGAAGUGUGGGAGUGACCAUGUGAUCCAAGUGGAGAAGACUGUGGACUCGCAGCCAUCCUCAGCACUGUCCACACCUGUCGGCUCCUACUCCAGCUCCAGUGGCAGUUUCCUCAGUCCAGGCCGAGGACAGCGCUCAGACUCUCAAGGAUUUGUACCUAGUCCUUUGGCUAAGUCUACCCCUCGGAAACCACAGACGUCAACGAAUGUUGUAGAGCAAGUGCAGAAUGUGCGGCGAAAUCUGUAUUCCGAUAACCAAUCACUGGAUACUGCAGCCAGACCAAGAAGCAAUGCAUUUGUUGAAAACACUGAAACACAAAGGACAGAAACCAAUAGUUUAGAAUCUCAGAUAGAAUCCGUGACGACUCCCAUAGAGAACAAAGCAUUCAGACGGCAGUCCUGGUCAGACAUGGACCAAGGCUUGAUGAACAAAGUGUCUUAUCCUCGUAUCGCAUCUCAGGACAGUGACAUCACAAUAUUGACUAACCCCAGCGAGGGCAGUAUAGCGGUUAUAUCCGAGUCGAGUUCUGAGACGUUGUCAGCCCUCACACCGAUGGAGGAUAGAAAGAGCAUUAAGGAAGUGUUGGAGGAAGAGGUGGCAGGGAAUACCAUCAAAGAUAAGGAGACUGGGGACAACAUCAACGAAGAGGAGAGGGGGAACGUUUUCAAGGAGGAGGUGAAGGGGAACCUUGUCAAGGAGGAGGUGAUUGUCAGAAGUGCCUCAGAACCUAAACAGUUUCACAUUCCGGCUGAACAGAGCGAUGUCGGCUUCGAUAAGGAUGUUACACCUAUGGGAUCGCCGUUAUCCAACAGUAUUUGUAGCAGCAUGGUGUCGAGUGUUUAUCAGAACUCGGGUCUUGAUGGUACCAAGGAAGACUCCAAGAGUGAAAGUAGUCCCUCAAGAGUGAGUGAGGUGGUGGCAGGAAGUGACGGAACUGAUACACCUAGUAUCUAUGACAGUGGGAUUGCGUCCAGUCUUGGGAAAGACAAACGGACUAGCUUCCAUGAUAAGAGUGACAAUGCGUCGGACAUCAAUGUGAUCGUGACGGAGGGGGCUGGCGUGGAGCUGGUGGAGGAUGGUCAGGAGGAGGUUCAGACAAGGGAGAGGUCCCAUGCAGUGUAUGAACAUCCCUUUACCCAUGUCGACCACCAUCUCAAGCUGCAUCUCAUGAUGAACGUGUUUGAUGAUAACGAGGAAUUUGAGUGUAUAUUGAAGUGUGAUGCUUGUCAGUAUCUGGUGGAGGAGGAGUUCAAAGCUAUUCUGGUGAUGACAGCAACCAAGUUCUACGUGUUUAAAGUGGCAUCUGAUUCCUCAAGUGAGACUGUAUCUGACUGGUUGACAACAGUGGACAUCCAGCCAGUGACUGAGCUCCAGUUUGUGGACAUGGGUUUGGGGCGUCAGUGUUUCCGCCUGGAGUUCGACACGGAGUGUUCCUGCUAUACAUUCAUCAUGAGGGAUGCUGACCAGUGUAACAGCUUCGUCACCUUCCUGUCAGAGUUGCUGCAGAAGAAUGUGCUGAGUAUGCACAACAAGAUCAAGGCUGAGUUCCAGCUGACACCAGCCAAAGCAACAAUGGCAGACAUCCUCAGGGAAGUGUUGUCACGGCGAUUGGAGGAGGAUGAGGCGCUGGAGCUGUACCUCAUGGGGUACAUGGUGAGAGGUCGCCAUCCGAGAUAUCCAGUGAGUUUUGUGUUGAGCAACCGGUCAGUCUGCGUGGUGAAGGAGAGUCACCAGUGGCCGCAGCCUCGCCUCCAGGCCCCGCUAGCCGCUGACACGGUGGCCAAACACUUCACAGUGCUGGAGAGACAACCCAUCAACAACAUUGCCACUGUGGAAAUAGUUGAGAUGGACAAGAGACGAAUGAUACUUUCCUUCUUCAAUGAACAAACUGGUCUGGAAACCAAGUGGCAGAUCACCAUGGAGACGACUAACGGUGUACAGUUAUUAGUGAACGGAAUCCGGCAGCCAUGGGAAGAUGAGUUUGGUGUGGAGUUGGAUAUCAUGAUGGUGCCUUUCACAGAAUCCGAGAACGAGGAAGACUGAGGUGUUGCAGUCACGCAAUGAUAUCGUUGCAUGAGAAGAAAACAUGCCUUUCACAGAAUCCGAGAACGAGGAAGACUUAGGUGUUGCAGUCACGCAAUGAUAUCGUUGCAUGAGAAGAAGAAAUGAAUUCUUAAUGAAAACAU